UACUUGUUCAAUGAUUUGCAGGAGUUGUGUGAGAAACACCCACCUACACAACCUUAUAAGUCAUUGCAAGUGAAUAAUAUAACCUCAGUCUUCUUAAUACUUAAUGCAGUCCUAUCUAUAUCUUUUUUACUUUUUGAUGCAUUAAAGCAGACCCUAUAUAUCUUUGCCAGCCUUCUAAGUACUAAGUAAGUUAGCCCAACAUGGGUACACUGUGUGAUUAUGGAGGACACAUUGUUGAAGCACUAAACGUCAAUGUUUAUGGAAAUGGCACUCAAGCCCUAGUUCUGGCUCAUGGGUUUGGUGCAGACCAGACUCUAUGGCACUAUCUGAUCCCUUACCUUGCAUGCUACUUCAAGGUUGUGGUUUUCGACCUAGUUUUCUCUCCAAAUGUAAAUCCUGACCUUUACAAUCCCAAGAAGUACUCCAAUUUCAAUGGUUACGUCCAAGACUUGCUGUGCCUUCUUGAUCAACUCAAUGUGAAUAAGACUAUUUAUUUGGGUCACUCCAUGUCAGCCAUGAUUGGAUGCAUCGCCGCAACUAAGAGACCAGACCUCUUUGAACACCUUAUCUUACUAAGUGGCUCUCCAAGGUACCUCAAUGCUGAAGGAUAUACUGGAGGCUUUAAGCGCUCACAACUCGACAAAAUUUUUACACAAAUAGAUCAAAACUUUCCAAGUUGGGUUCAAAACUUUGCUCCAGCAGCUGUAGGUGUGAACAGCACAACUGCCAUAACCCAAUUUCGAUCCAGUUUGGGGAGAAUGAAACCAAAGACUGCACUUAGCGUGGCUAAGACUGUGUUUCUAAGCGACUUAAGAUGGGUUCUGCCAAAAGUUUCAGUGCCUUGCACCAUAAUCCAAUCCAAAAAAGAUUUUGUUGUUCCGAAAUUCGUUGCGUUUUACAUGGAAAGAAAGCUUGGUGGCAGUGCCAGGGUAAAGAUACUAAAAACAAAAGGCCAUUUGCCUCAACUUACAGCUUACCAUUUGCUUCUGAAAGUGUUGAAGAGGGUUCUAUUUCUAAAAGGAUAAACGGUUUUGUACAAAUGAAGAAGUUGGAUUUCAAGUUGAAUUUAGAGAGGUGAAAGUGGGGAUGUCGGUUUCAGACUUUGCUAAGGUUAAAAAACAAAUUAUGCUGAUGUUGUAUCACAAGCAGUAAUAACACAUCACUCUGUUUCUUAACAAA